UAUACCUCUCCCCAAUGCCCCGUUGCUGAAUUGUGCAGUACGGUGCAGCGCAGUGCAGUGCAGUGCACGCUCUCCUUCUUUCAAAACCACCCCUACGCCGCUGUGAUCCACUACCUCACCGUCUCUUUUACCAUACCCACCUCCUUAUCCUUUACUUUGCCAACUAAUAUGCCUUUGCGGAAGCGGUCCAAGACGGCAGGAGACAGCACGGCCGACGAGAGCAAGCCAAACAGCAGCGGCAAGAAGAGUAAACGGCAGCGGCUUGCCGACUUCUUCAAGCAGAGGAAACUGAGGAAGCAAUCCACGUCUGGACCUGAUAAUGUCCACGUCCAUGCCACUCCUCCUGAACCCAUACCCGUUCCGAUAAAGAAGGAACCCACCCAAGAACCUCCUCGCGAUUCAAAGAUUGCCGACUCGUCGAGACCUGUCAAACCCGAUGCUACUGCUACUGCUACGGCUACUUCGCAACCCCCCGAUCCAAAUAAUGCCGACGACAUCGCGCUUCCCACCCCACCUCCAGAGCCACGCCGGCAGUCCACCGAGCAGGCAGAAGAGCCCAAGCCAGAGCCCAAAACAGAACCCCUCAGCGAGGAACAUAUACACGCCUUGUUUGCGGGCGCCCCCCAUUUCUUCCUUAAGCGCGUAAACAACCGUCCCACACCUACAGCUUCUUUUCCUUGGGAUCAAGAUUUGGUCGUGAAGGAUGUCUCAGACUCGGUGCAACUUGCCCACCCUGCCUUCUCAGCGUCAACCUUGCACCGGCACUUACCCGUUCUACGGCAUGCUACCGACCAGGAAAAACUAUACCAGGGGUACAAUCUGGAUGCCCUCGAGGUACCGACCAUGCUCGGUGCCCAAGGAAUCGAAUGUGGCACUGUUGGAUUUGCCCAUUUCCUGGAGCUGCCAUGUGCCGACAACCUCAUCACCGACCUCCAACAAUCCCAAACCAGCAACGAGUAUCUAGAGGCAAUGCGGAAUAAGGAGCUCAUGCACACCAAGCCCGAAAGACUGGGUAUUCGAAGCGUGGACCGGGACUUGGUUCACGAUAGGUUGAUGGAGUUUGGGGAUCUCUUUGAGCUAUUUCACGAUAGCCCGGAGAGGAUGACUAUCCUCAACAACCAGUCAUCUGGCGAUCUGUACGCCAAUUUGUUCGGCAAAUUCCUCACUCCUCCUGGCUACGACGGGACCACCGACGACCCUACAGGCAUCAAAGUUCAGAUUGAUACUCUCUUGAAGAUCUUGGCACUGAAAGGCGUCUGGUACGAUUUUAGUCUUGUCGAGUGGCGGAUCCGGCUUGGCCAGAUAAUAUGGAGCGACGGUCCAUCUGAAUCAGAACACGACGGGCGAGAGAUGUGGACGGAACGUGAAAAGUUGUUGCUGCAAAUCACUUUAGCCUGCGAGCUAUUACUCCGGCUUGAUGCUGUCACUAGCAUGGACGUAGAGGACAUCAAGGGCCAGAUUCAUGUUAGCCCAGACGACUUCCAGGGAUUCCUCAAACUCAAGACCAAAAAAGUAGAUUGGGAUUUGGUUCUCGCCAGAAGGUUUCUGGAGAACAUAUUGGUUGUCAAAGAAAGUGAUGCGGAAACUCCGACACCGACAGAGAAUUCGCGUGGCUUCAUGUCUAUGCUUACCCCCGGAUCGACCAAGCAAGCCGGUGCAAGUGAAACAAAAGACGGUAUUGUGCUGCUCCCUCGACACCAAGCGCGGCAGCUAUCAGGCUUAUUGCAGUUUGCACAAACAAUACAAUGGCCCAGCAUGGAUCUUGUUCUUGCAGAUCUAGCUCAAAAACUACGUGUUCCUGAGGCCGACCAGGACCAAGAUCAAGACCAGGUUCCUUCGCCCUAUGGCAGAUUCAUCGAACCAGCUACCCCAUCUUCUGUCAGUGUGUAUGGAACGCCACUUGCAUCUCCGCGGCCGAACGAACUGCUUGAUAGCUACUUUGGACAUGUCUCAAGACCUGCCCUUAGUCGGGCCAACUCCCAAUCGCUUCAAAUGCCGCUCUCUACCUCGCUGUUGCAACAAGUGGACGGCCCCGAGAACGCUCUUGACGUGGGUGGCUGGCUCAGUCGCUCCUUUCUGACUGGCUUGAUACUCCCUGGUGAAUCCAUUUCGCAUUUUCUCAUGUCUACUUUGCUGGAAAACGACAAGCUUGCUAUCACUGCGCUAGGUGAUAGUGCUAGUCUCUACGGAGGCUUUGUUUACUCUGGCCGCACAUGGUGGAGCAAAGCAUCCAUCGUGGCGCGUGUAUUUGGAUGCAUCGGCAGCGUCGAGUGCAUGGGCUGGGUAUCCUUUCCAAAGGUCCCCGACAACCUACCCAACGGAUGGUACGCGAUCAACAGCGAUAGACCUGAUGCCGACCAACCGCCACGUAUCACCGAACAAGAGGACCGGGUUAUGCAGGAUUCACUCAUUAUUCCUGAUGGUACCAGUGACUCUCUCAAGCCGGCAGAUCUCAUUCUACCACGCGAUGCUGUGUCCCCACCCAUACCCUCUAUCGAGUUUACGAACUGGAAUCUUACCCUAAUCAAUACGGAAUUUAGCGAUAAUGAUACGCUGUCUAAACCGUCGACUGAACCGGAGACUUAUGUCGCGUCUGUCACCCUCAGCACGGUGGGCCGUACAACUGCAUUCACUCUAAGCUUGACGCACGACAUACAUUUUGUAACCUCAUGGCCCUGCACGCCGCCGUCUUCUUCUCCAACACCAAGCAUGCCGCAUGUUUUCAAGAGGUCUCAGACAAUGCCUAUUUCCAGGUCGUCCUCGAAACACAGCAACCCUGUUGCUCGCACUGCAAGCAACCAAUCUUCGCGCAACAUUGGCACUCGACGCAACUCGCAUGGCUUCGAGCCUCUGCUCUCCCAUCCACCCGAUUCGCCCGGGAUCCUGCCGACUCGAAUGUACUCCCCCAUCCCCGACGAAGACGAGCCAAGCUCGGUUUUAUCACCAAAACACGAGCCUAUGACCUCGCAUCCUCUGCACGUCUCGUAUAAAUUCAAGCUGAUUCCCGUCACGGAUGUGCUAGACUCGAAUUUCAUCUUACCGUUCACAAAGCAGACAUACAACCCACCAACACCAUCCAUGUUGAACUCUCCUUCGGAGGAAAAGAAGGUCGAGGAUCUCCAGGAAGACGACAGCAAGACCGUCUUGGUGCUCGAUGCGCGAGCCUCCGAGGAUCUGGAGUUGCUUGCGCGAGCUUGGUGCGCGGAAAAGGGCCAUCAUGCCAUUAUCGGUCGUGUUGGUCGCACUUGCAUCGCUUGCUGUGUCCGCGAGGCGAGAGGUGUUGGCAUUAAUGUGGUGAUUCGGGUCUGAGUGCUCUUUUCUUCUCCGUCCAUACAUUCAUCCUGUUCUUUAGUGUUUUUUAAUCUUGCAGCAGUUCGGGACGCUGACUUUGUUCCCAUGCUUCAUUCUUUGUUCUUGCUGGUUUAUUUUUUGCAUGCGUACAUAUACCCUUUUCCCUGCCUAAGCAGUACCUCAAGUCUGAACCCUAUUUCCCUACCUCCUUAUUCUCCCGGCUUGUUUGCAAUCUUGCGUGUUUUUUUCUUUUCCAUCUUUUCCCUUGAGAGUUUGUCCAGCAACU